AUGUCUCCCUUAGUCGACAUGCCUCAACAUAGGUUGAUCAAAAUACUCAUCUUUGCUCGAAUCAUCCUCGUAAAAUUGUUGCCUACAUCUAUGAACACUAGGAGCGAGUCUAUUGAUAAGUCGCUCAUGAGUGACAUCUUCUUUAAUAUUGUGAGAAUGAUGGGAGGAGAAAAGGGCGAAGAGGGAACCAGAGCCACGAAAGAU